ACAGAUGUGUGUUGAUGUGCUUCCAGCUGUUUGUGGGGACUCAUGAUGUCCAGACCUAUGGUCUGGACUGGAGGAUCCUCCCUGCAGCCUGUGAGAUCAUUACACUUUUAAUUAGACCGGAUCUGCCAAUUAAAGGGAAGUCAGCCGUGCUCCCUCAGCCUUUUAAAAGCCAGCCAGCGUCUAAACCUCAGCAGCAGACAGACAGGAGCUCAAACAAGUUUCAGAUAUACAUGAGGAUGUCUUCUCCUGUACUUUGUGCUGUUAUUUUGCUGGCUUGUGCCUUGUCCUUUAGUGCUGCUCAGACGAGCUGCAAAGGACGAUGUGGUGCCGAGUACUACAGGGGUUACAUGUGCCAGUGUGAUUAUACCUGCCUGUCUUAUGGAGAAUGCUGCAAAGACUAUGAAUCUCAGUGCACCACAAAAAACUCCUGCAAAGGUCGAUGUGGAGAAUCCUUCAAGAGAGGCCGGCUGUGUAGCUGCGACCCUGAUUGCAUAAAGUACAAGCAGUGUUGUCAGGAUUACACAAGCCACUGCGAUGCAGAGGAGUCGCCACUGAACGUGGAGGAGACUUUCAGCGAGGGAAACAAUGAAGAUGACCAUUUAAGCCCACUGGACAACCCAACAUCAUAUCCACCUGAUGAUCCCAUUGAUGAUACGAACAGCCAGAUCGUUCCAAAUGAUGACCUUUCCAACAACGGACUAGAGGAUCCGGGGGCAAGUCCGAUCCCUGAGGGAUCACUUACAGUUGACCUGGUUCAAGGUUCUUCUGAACCCACCCUGGAGCCAGACACUCUGGAGCUCAGUACAGACACAGUUACAGUCUUUUCUCAGACAGACGCGACUCCCUCAGACAAUGAACCCACGCAGGCUGACGACAGCCCCUCCACCCUUUACAUGACUAGUGGAGUAGCCCCCACUGAGAACACAGAUGCCAGUGAUCCUGUCGACUCAACCGACGAAGGAACAACUCUCCCUCAGCCCACAACAGCAGCUGACAAUGACUCCAGCCCGACUGCCCCGACCUCAGCACCCCAGACAGGGCUUUCUCCUGCAGCCAGCACCCCAGAGCCGGAGAAAGAAGGGCAGGCAACAGAACAACACAAGGAUGACAUAUUUCCCGAGGCACAGAACACAGACCCAACCGACGCCUCCUCUGAUAAUCCAGAGGUUACGACCCUACCCUUCAACACAGGUGAAUCUACAGGACUCACACAGGACUACACAGUCCUGGAAAUGUCUCAGGACACGACAACCACUGCCUCAUCAAUGCUGGACCUGACACCCAUCCCAGACGCAACCGCUUCAAACUCUGGAACAGAUGAUACUGUGAGCAACUCAGAGGAUCCCACAGCAGGCCCUCUCUCUGUUCUGGCUGACGCUACAGAUGAUGCUACACCACAAGCGAUGACUGCUGAUCCAAUGGAAGUCACCUCAGACCAGAGCAAACACCAACCAUCUGAACCCACUUCGAAACCCCAGGACAAACCCGACCAGUACAAGCCACCGCCAACUAAACCAACUCUGGUUAAACCGAUCUCCAAACCCGAGACUAAGCCUCUGGACAUUGCACCAACUCUGAACACAGACAAUCCAAGGGACUACCAAGCAGAUGACAGUAACGAUACAAACCUGUGCAGUGGACGGCCGGUCAGCGCAGUCACCACACUCAGGAACGGCACAAUUGUGGUUUUCAGAGGGCACUACUUCUGGGUCCUGGACAGAAAUAGGAUGCCAGGUCCAGCUCAAGGCAUCACACAAGUGUGGGGCGUCCCUUCACCCAUCGACACAGUGUUCACUCGCUGCAACUGCCAGGGCAAAACAUACAUUUUCAGGGGAACCCAGUACUGGAGAUUUGAAAAUGAUGUUUUGGACCCUGGCUAUCCUAAAGCGAUCGAAAUGGGCUUCAAUGGGCUUCGGGGCCACAUCACAGCUGCUCUGUCUGUGCCUCAGUAUCAGACCAGGAGAGAGUCGGUCUACUUCUUCAAGAGAGGGGGAUUGGUCCAGAAAUAUUCAUACCAGUUUGGCACCGGUCCAACAUGUGGCAGGAAACCCCAGCACACCAUUUACACAGUCCGCCACCGGAUGGUUCGACAAGCAGUGUCUCUUCUGGGCCCAACCAUUAACAUCCGGACGUCCUGGAGAGGUUUCCCCUCCACCGUCACAGCUGCUGUGUCCGUCCCCAACAGAGAACCAGAGGGAUACAAAUACUACGUCUUCUCAAGAUCCAAAUCCUACAACGUGAGGAUGGAUACUGAACGUCCUGUCAUUGCUGCUCCUAAAGCCAACACUUCACCUCAGACCAACGACCUCUUCAAAUGCCCAAAGAAAGUGUAACUGAAUAGCAAUAUUUUUAAAAAAAAACUUGCGUUUCACAUCAUUUCUCUUACAGUUUUAAACUUUAUUACACUCUUCAUUAAAACACACAGCUUCAGCUUGGACCGUGAUUACAAAAGGUACUUUACAAGUACAUUAAAAACAUGAGCCAAACAAAAAAACAACAGGUUUCAGAACAAGGGAACAACUAUCAAGACUGAAUAAAGAAUCUGGACUCUGAUUGGGAAAAAUGUAAUGUGUUUCUGAAGGGAAUGACGAGUUGUCCAGUCAUUGUCAUCAACUUUUUUCAUUAUUGCUUCAUCGGGCAAAGCGUCUUCCGUGUAUACCCCGAGAAGGAAAUGCUUGACCUGUUGAUAUAUAGAAGAUUUUUUUUAAAUGUAGCAGGCUAUAAUGAUGUAAAAAUUCUGAAGAGUGGUUGUAUAAAAUAUAUUAAACAAAGAAUCUGAGCAUUUCCUCGGUUAUUGUGUGAAGUAAUAAUACACCAACAUGUAUUGAAUGCUAUGACUUGUAAUUAAAAUGAAACAAAUACUUUGCCAGGAUUUGUGUGAACAUUGACUGUUGGUCAGCACAAGUCAUCUGUGCACAUAUACGUGUAUAGCUACCAAAACAUGUUGCAUUACAAGUUAGUGAAUAAGGGACAUAGAAAUAAGUUUGAGCUGCUCUAGUACUACUUUUAGUACCACUUUUCAGGCAUGCAACAACUUGCAACAAUAUAAAAAAUAUUAUCAUAUUUUAUUAUAUUGUUUUUUUUGUACAAGUCUAGAACAAAGAUGACUUUAUAUCUGAGUUACAAUAAAGAUGGCAGUGUUAUAAAAGUCA